ACCUGAUUUUUAAAUGACAAAGAAGAAGGUCAUAUCAAAUGCUUAAUUUUAUUGAUAUAAAUGUACAUUGCACAAAAAACGAUCGGUCUUUUUAUUUCAGAUUCAAACAAGGCAGCUAAGUGUAUUAAGGAGCUUAAAGCUAACAUUUUGCGCAACAUGCACCAACUAACCACUCCCGGUAUAACUUGAAACUGUCAAAACUUCGAGAGGAAGGGGAAAUUUUAUCUGUUCCCGCUCCGGUUCACUACAGGAUCUCACAAAAAAAUCUCUUAUCUCUUAUACCGAAGAUCAAUAAACGGCAAACUCAAAUCACACGCCCAUGAUAAGCAAGUUGUCAUACUGAUUGUGAAUAGCAUACAUGUGAAAGACUACGUUGAAAGAUUUUAAGGUGGUGAGAUCAAAUUAAAAUCAUAUAAACAUGCUGCUUUCGUCCGUCUGAUCAAAGACAGCCAACCAUACUCGUAGAUAGCCGUUCCGUGCUUUUUGGCAACUCAGCAGCAUGGUUAGCUCUCGCAGUGUUCGAUUCUGGUGAUAGAUGGCGCUUCGUACUGUCUUAUUUCGAUAGAAAACUUAUGACUUUUUAACAAACAUCCGCGGGUGGGGGACGAUUGUAUACGUACGUAUGGGAGAGACGAAUGUAUGUAUUUCUACUGUGACCCGCCAAGAACCAUAAAAAAUAUGUUGUCGAUCGUCCAAUGUUGAAAAUUUUCAUUUUCGUCCCGAACAACGUUGACAUUCACCUACUUCUCCGCUUAUGGCUGCGAAACAAGAAUAUCAAAUUAACUUGCGAUCUUGUGACCCCCACUAGCGAACAUAAUAAUAUAUGCAAAGUAAGAAAUGCUAACAUCGAAUCUCACUUUUCUCGAUAUCGCCAUACACGCUACGUUAAAAAAAGAACAAAAGCUACAACAUUCUUAGAUAAACAAAAAAAUUAUCGGCGUCAGUUUCCGGUCAUUGGACAAGCUUUCUAAAUCUGGACAGAGUCGUUGAAAUGCUGCGAGACAAGAUGCUUCUGUGUGCGGGAAUCGUCGGUAUUUUUGUUGUAUUUUGUCAUGGUGCGCAGCUACAGGGUGCUCCCAGAGGUCAGUUCAACCAUACCAGGAAGGGGAUAUGCAUUUUGGAAGUACCAACUAUUGACCUUCUGAGUCCAGAGGAUAGACAUGGCGCCAAUCUAAGAGGAAAUUCGUCGAGAGACGGAUACAGCAAAAUUGAAGUAUGCUGCUCUGGUUAUGCCAGGAAACCGCACAGCCAUUAUGAAUGCCAUCCAGUAUGUGAUGGGUGUGAACACGGCAAUUGCACAGCUCCGGGGGUAUGCGCAUGCAAACGCGGCUACAUCCUGAUCCGCGACACCCAGCACAACACCAUCAACGACUGCGUUCCUACAUGUCCUUUGGGCUGUUUGAACGGAAUCUGCACCAACACCGGGGCUUGUUCCUGCAAUGCCGGUACCGUCCCUUCCAAGGACGGAAAGUACUGCCUGCCACAUUGCACUGGAGGAUGUGGACAGGGCGGACAUUGCACUGGGCCGGAACACUGUACCUGUGAUGACGGAUUUGCUAUAGAUGUGAAAACCAACAAAUGCGGGUACUACUGUGAGGGCGGAUGUGGAGAAGGUACCUGCAUUGGACCAAAUACUUGCUCUUGCAAACCUGGAUACAAACUACAAGGAAAUACGUGCAUACCCGAUUGUCCUAAGGGGUGUUUGAAUGGAGAAUGUAUAGCACCAAACAAAUGUUCCUGUAAACCUGGCUGGACCUUGGACAUAGCUGGAUCUAAAUGCACCCCUCACUGUUCAGAAACCUGCCUCAACGGAGAUUGUGUGGCACCUGACACGUGCGCUUGCAAAAACGGAUACGUUCCAGCCCCUGGAGUGACCAAAAACGAGAAAUGCGUGGCCCAUUGUCCAAGCGGAUGUCCAAAUGGUGUAUGCUCUGCUCCUAACUUCUGCAUCUGCAAUCCUGGGUUUAUCAAGGAGGCCAAGGGAAGCAAUCUGUGCAUCAGAAGAGUCAGAAGAUCUAUUCAUUAUGAACUCAUUCCUGAGCAAUUGGAAACUUUGGAGGAGUAAUGAAUUAUAUUUAACAUCUUUGGUAAAAAAUAUGAAUUAACCAUGAAUCUAAUAUAUCCAAGAUGUUCUAGAAUUGUACUGAAAGAAUCGAGUGUGUAUCCUGAAAAUUGAGUAUCUGAACACUAAUAAAUAAAUGGGUGCUUACUGUAAGUAUAAUUGGAUGAUUCGUUGUUUUUAUGUUAUUUUACCAUUAGGCAUGCUGCUUCGUCCGACCACAGACAGCCUGGACGGCUGUCCCGCGCUUUUUGCCACUCAUCAGCAUGGUCUAGGCUUGGUUUCUGGGACAACAAAUUAAAGCACACUAACUAUCCACCAAUCGAGAUGUGAGAUAUAUCGCAAUAGCAGCACAAAACACCAUCUCUUAUCAAAAUCGAUCACUGCUAUCGUUUGGAACUGAAAAAUCUCAAUUCGAGUUUGAUAGCCCAGUCAAAACUGUGACAGCUAAAGGAUCAUGAUUUUAGCGGUAUAGGCGCGGCAUGCUGUCUUACUUCAAUAGAUCUCACAAGUCGGAUGGAGGAGAGUUGUUGUGCUUCCGUUCGUUAACCAAGAGAGCAAACCUACACGAUGCUGAUGAGCUGUAAAAAAGCGUCGGACAGCUGCCCAUCAUAUUUACAGUUCCAACCGGAUAGCUGCUAUAUAAGCUCGCAGUACUCGAUUCUGGUAACAGAUAGCACGCAGGGGAGCCGGAUCCCAGGAUGCCUGGACAAAGCGCCUAGAGUUCCGGAAAGGGACAAGACUGGAUUUAAAAGAAUAUGAUAUACAUUAUAUUAGUGCAGUGUCAUCAGAAAGGGUUGAGGUAUAAAUAAAAUCACGAUAAUAA